ACAUGAGAUUGCUACAAGUGUAAGUCUUUAGAAUUACACAGUUAAAAUUUAUUCAGAAGUAGCAUUUUGUGGAAAUUGUCUUUUUGCAAGUUGAAUGUUAAAGUUUACAGAAGGAAGAAGUCUCCGAAAAUUCCUAUACUCAGCCAUAUCCUUAAGGCAAAUAUGCACCUGGAGCAGAAGGUGAUUGUUAACAAGAUGCAACUUUUGUGAGUAAUGUCACUGUAUUUUGGAGAGCUGUAUCAUAAUUAGCCUUUCCAUUAUCACAUGAUUUCCAUCAGGCUAUCAUCCAUCACCACGAACUUGUCUGCAUCUUUGCCUUGAUAAAGAUAAGAGUAUAGUAAGGUAUAUGACAAGGAAAGCUGUAAUCUGUUUUCACUUUUUAUUUUUUGAUCUUGAGAUAUGGAAUAGAAAACAACAAAAGCUCUUCUUUCCACAAAGUUUCAAAUGAUGUUAGUUCUGUGUAAAUGUAUAAGUCAUUUAUACAUGGCCAGACUAUUAUCAUUAUUUUCUAGAAAUUUAUCUGAUUAUUUUUAGUCAGGUCACAUGGAAAUUGUUGUUUUCUAGUCAUGAUAUCUUUAUAAUUCUAUAAUUUCAGGGAGUGGUUGCUUAUUUAAAAAAAAAAAAAAAAGAAAAAAAAAGGAAAAUGAAUUUCGUCCAUCAGAACCUAGAAAUUACACCCAUGUCUUAUUGUUGUAAAUUGUUAAUAUAAUUUUUUUUUCUUCCCCUCUCUCUUUUUUUUCUUUCUUCACCAGUUAUACGGUGUUCCUCUCCACUCAGGAACCACUGCUGUGCAAACCAUGGCGUGGUUGGCAGCAAAUCGUUUUAACAAGUAUCAUAACAUGUUUGCAAAUUUUACGGGCACAGACAUCCUUAGACUUUCUCGGUCAGACCUAAUAGAAAUGUGCGGCCUGGCAGAUGGGAUCAGACUCUUCAAUGCUUUGCAUGCCAAGAAUGUCUUGCCAAGGCUGACUGUUUACGUCUGCCUUGAACACGAGCAGCUUUACCAUGCGGUGUACUUGGAAAACUUGACUUGUGCUGAUUUUACGAAGAAGGUUUCAUCGUUAAUGCAGAUCACCCAGGAAAGGAUCCAUGACGUGUAUUUGCAAGGGCCAUCGGGCAUCCACAUUCUUGUUACAGAUGAGGUGGUCCAGAACAUGAUUAAUGAAUCGAUGCUGUCCAUAAAGGUGCUACAAGACACAACUGGGGAAAGGUACAGAUUAUUACUUAGACUCAAUGAUAAUCAUAGCAACAAAACACAGUCUUAAGAAAAAAUACUGUUUCCCUGUUGAUUCCAGCAGAUGGCAUUCCUUAUAAUCGUGAUAGAUUUUGUAGAAUUUUUAAAAAGGGAAUUCUGCAAUAAUGUAUAUAUUUUUAUGUACUUGCCAUAAAUGAAAUAGGAGACAUGUGUUAAACUCAGUGCCUGGUGGAUAAUGAUGCCGAGAAAUUUUCUCCUUUUUUCCGUACCUAAUUAUCAUUAAAGGAAUGCGUUAUUCCAAAUGUAUUGGAGAGAUGUGUUUUAUUGUUCUAUCACAUGUAAUUCAUAUAUGUAAAAGAAAAUCAGUUAUCUUGUCUCUCUGUCCAUAAAAUUAUGAGCUAGUAUUUGGUUGUGCAAUAUGUUGACAUCUAGAGUUUACCAUAUUUUGAUAAAACUUAUUGGUUACAUUACAUGAUUGAAUUUGAAAGAGAAAAGGAAAGGUCCUGUUUUGGAACAGGAAAAGUGUACGUAUUAUCACACUAUCGUCAAAGUAGCAUAAUGCUCAAAAUAAAAAAGUGUAUAAAGUUUAUUAGGUACCUUCACCUAUAUUUGUUGUAGAAAAAGGUAUUGAUACAGUUUCCUGGUCAGUAAUUAGGAAUCAAGUGUGAAAGAAAGUAGCUUCCACGUUUCCCAUAAUUUAUUUGUUUUGACUGGAGUGAUCUCUUACAUUGGAUGUUUGACUUUUUAAUGAUCCUUUCUUGAAAACAGUUGUGACCUCUAUCUCCCACAAGCACAUCAAAUAAAUAGAUGACAAGUGAGGUCGAAAGAGACUUGAAAAAGAAGUACAAAUACAUCUCAGAGGGCAUCAUAAGUGUGUUGGGAUAUAUGUGAAUAGCAUGCAGUGUAUACUCUUCCUCCUCUUAAUUCACAGUUGCCGAUUCUUGCCACCUGAAAUCAGGAUCCAUAGGCCAUUCUUUUUGCAGUUAAUUUAUUUUUACAGAAAAUAUCUUUGUUCUCAUUUUUUUCUUUCUUUCUUUUUCUCCAUCUAUUUUUCUUUGUCCCCAGAGUUCAGAAUCCAGGGAUGUGAGGUUGUGACCAUACUAUGUUGAGGGAGGGUAAAGAUGCAUGAAGGAAGGUUAGCAACGUCCAGAGGAAUUACAGUAAAUGUCUAGGAGGAGGAUGACUAUAUCUAGAGGGAGGGUAAUAACAUCAGAAGGAGGGUAACAAAUCUCUAGGAUGAGUAAAAACACCUUAAGGGAGGGCGGAAGGAGGGAAGGGUAACAUUGUUAAGAGGGAAGGUAGCAAUAUGUAGAGGGUGGUCAACAUCCAAAGAAAGGACAUUAAUAUCCAGAGAGACAGGAACAUCUAAGGGAGGGUAGCAAAUUUUCAAGGGAGUGUAAGAACAUUGAAAGGGAGAAUAGCAAGGUCUUUUGGGGGGUGGGGGAUAUAGCACCAAAGGGGAGGGCAGCAGUAUUUAGAGGGAGAGUAGCAAAGGUAAGUAGGAAGGUAACAGUAUCUGCAGGGAGAGUAACAACAAUUUUUUUUUGGGGGGGGGAGGGACUUGGGAUAAUUUGCAGUGCUUUGAAAUAAACAUUGUGCAAGUAUACAUGGAUAUUUAAUGAAAUCUAAAAAAGCAUUUGAAAUCUUUAAUUUUGCUGCAUCAUUAUUUAAUCUACCCCAAAAUUGGAGGGACUUGCCAAUGAAUAAUGUGCAUGAUUUUAAAAUUAAGCAUCAUAUUAAGAUACAAAAGAAGAGAAAUAUGAACUGAUUGUGUUGAAUGAUGAUCUAAUUACCAAGAGGAUACUGUAUCAGUUUUUUAUUUUUCAAAGAAUUAUAACAUGUUUGAUGACAAAUGAGAAUAUUGGGAAUUGUAGUGUAAUUUUAAGUUUCUUAUCUUUAAUUUUCUUAUGCUUUUAUACAUAAUUAGUCAUAUUUUUAAUGAUUGGAUCUAAGACUCUCACAGAUGAAGAAAUAUAUUGCUCUGUUACAUAUUAUGUCUUCCUUCCUUAAAAGUUUUAGAAGCAUAUUUCAUAUAGGUUUAUUAAAGAGUAAUCCAUUCAUGCAUAUGUGAAUAUGGUCUUACACACACGUAAGAGCUUAUUCACUCUCUCUUUAUCACCUCACUUGCUCACUCACUCACUCACCCACUCACAGCUCACUAACACUUACUCACCCGCUCAUUACUCGCAAACUCAUUGCUCACACUUACCCAUUACUUAAACUUACUCACUCACUCAUUAUUUGUUUGUACUCACUCACUCACACCAUUCACUCUCAUAUACCCACACAUACACAUUCAAACUCACAUACACACACCCUCACACUCAUACACUGUCACACUUACAUACACAGUUACAUAAACACUCACAUACACACUCACACUCACGCUCACACAUACACAUAUGCACACAUGUACAUUCACACAUGCCACCAUUUUUAUUGUAUUUCAGUUGUAAUCAUCAGUAUGUAAUGAUCUCAAAUCAUACAGUUAUACUGAAAUAUUAGUAAAUUUAAUGAAUUGGUCAUCUUUUUACACAAAAUCAUGAAGAGAGAAGAAUAAAGUUGUAAUGAGGA